GUGCGCAGCGAUCCCAAACUCCAGGUCGACCGAUGGAAGGACCCCUGGACCGAGUAUGGUCUCACGGAGGUGGAUGAGCUUCGGGAGGAGCACCAGCGUCACAUCGAGGACCUUCGUGCCCGCAUGAGAGACCGAGAGCAAGAAAUGCAGGCAACGCAGCAGCAGCUCAGCCUCCUUCAAGAGGAGCUCCGGGCUGCCAAGGCUGAGUUGGCGAGAAGGAACGACAAGCCAAGGGAGGUGGAGGAGUCGAUGGGCCGGAACUGCCAAGGCGAGUUGCCCGUGGACCGGGGAUUGCCCGAGCGCUUACUCGAGCUGGGCAAGGCUAACAAGGACCUUUGGGAGCUUUUGCUUGGCCGCUGCGCGGCCGCUCGCUGGCCUUUGCUUCAGGUCUUUGUGCACGACCCCUUGGUCACCCUCAAGCUCGAGACCGACGAGAAGGAUGCCAAUGCAGGCGCCUGGACGAGGGUGCCGACAUGGGAUGGCUCGCCACAGACGUGGCGGGGCUUCAGAAAGGAGAUGUCCUGGUGGCUGGCUGGCCUGGACAUCCAAAGCACGAAGAAAUACAACCUGGCUGCUCGCUGGCUCUUGCGGCAGUCAGGGGUGGUCCGUCAACGUGGAGAGGAAUUUGAUCCUCGCGACCUCGAGUUCCAGAAGGAGAUCAAGAUGCCGAACGCCGAGACCGGCGAUGAUGAGGUUGUGGUGGAGGAGGAUCCACUCAGUGGGAUCAACAAGCUGCUCACGGCCCUCGAGGAGAUGACAGGUCGAUCCUCUUUGGACAAAAGAGGAGAGUUGAGGAAUGUCUUCUACCUCGAACUGAAGCGCAAGUCGGGAGAACGCAUCUCUGAGUUCGCCACCCGCUACAGAGGCUUGGUUGCUGAGUUGAAAGCUGAAGGAGUCACCAUCCAUGACGGUGAACUUGGCUGGUGGUUCAAGCAAAAGCUUGGUUUGGACCCUCUUCGAACUCAGCUCCUGGAAACUGCCCUUGCAGGUGCCGAGGACUACCCGACCAUAGAGCGUGAAGUUUUGAGGUUGUUCAAGGAUCUUCAUGCAGCUGAUCCUCUCUACCGCCGUUCCGGCGAUGCGGACCAGAAGGCCCCUUUGUUGAGCCGCUUCUUGAACCAGCAAAGCGGGGCUAGCAAGGCUUCUUCCUAUGCUCCAUCAAUGACGAGCUCGGCGGCACGGUCUUUGAGAUCGGGUUCUUCUACGGCUUCCUCCGGAAGGGUGACGCCAAGCUCCACGUACCGCCGGCCUUUCCAGAAACAGGCCAUGGUCUCUGAGGUUGAGGAGGAGAUCCCGGCCACUGCUGAGGCUGGUGAUGAUGAUGGAGUUGAGGAGGAGGUUGAACCCCCUUCCUUGGAGGAGGUCUUGACCACUGAGGCCGAGGUCUUGGCGGCUGAGUUGGAUGCCGCUGCAUCUCAGGGAGUUGACCCUGAGACCCUUCAGGAGAUCGAGGAGAGCGUUGAGGCUGCAGCUGAGGCCUUCCUGACCAUGAAGGAAGCCAGGAGCAAGUUGCAGGAGGUGAGUUUGAAGAAGCAGUCAGAAAAGCAUCCUUGCUUCGACUGUGGACUUCCUGGUCAUUGGGCCGGGGAUCCUGAGUGUUCGAAGCCUGGCCAACAGCUCGGGCGCAAGAAGAAGGUGGCUCCAAAGCAAGUGAAAGUUGCAGAGGCGCUGAACACGGAGCACGAGGAGAUCACAGCACCUGACCAUGAAGUGAUGAUGCUCCGACAUGAGUCACCUGUCCUCACCGACGCCUUCCUGUCUACUGUACAGCAAUUCCAUGAACCCAAAGAGGUGAACGCUUUGGGCCUCGCACUGGACAAAAGAUUGGUGGGCGCUUUGGACAGCGCAUGCAACAGAACAUGCACGGGGGCUGACUGGUUGAAGGGCUAUCUUCGUGGUUUGGAGACAUCAGCCCCUUCGGAAGUGUUGGACCUCGUUCGUCGUGAACCUGAACGUGAAACCUUCCGCUUCGGCAAUGGGGGCACCCAGGUGAGUGAGGAGAGGUGGAGGUUACCCACUAUGAUUGGUGGAACCGUGGUUUGUUUUUGGACGUCGGUGGUUCCUGUGAGCUCGUUGGGUCUUUUGUUGGGGCGGGACUUUUUGGAGGCCAUCGGAGCGGUGAUGAAUUUUUCUCGCAAAGCCUUGCGUUGUGACCUCACCGACGGCACCGAGAUCCCCCUCAGUCAACUCGCUGCAGGCCACUACGCCUUGCACCUUCUGCCGGAACGCUGGCCAGGACGACUCCGAGCCCUACUACCAGAGAUGAUGGGCAGCGAGGCCUCGACCUCAGGGAACAAGAUGGUGAACCUGCCGCACUUGCGCUACUUGCCGUUGCCCUAUCCCUCCACGGGGACGCCGGAUCGCUGGCUGCAGCAAGGCCAAAAGCAGGUGGCCGAUGGGCACGGGUGCAAGAAGCAUUUGGAUCUGGCCUACACCAUGGACAGGUUCGUCUACAAGAACUUGACCGAGUGCGGUCAUUGGAGGGACCGCAUGGGCGCUGUGACCUCCUUCUGCGAAGAUCCGGUGGUCAUGGGAAUGAUCCAUGGCAAGACGGCAAAAGGCCUCAGGGACAAGAUGAAGAAUGCCGCCAUGGAGGAGGCCCUCAAGGAAGCAAAGGAGGCGGAAGCCGCCGGCAACAAGGAGGAGAUGGCUCGAGCCUUGAUCGGACCUCGAGGAGGACUGCCGUCGCUGCGAGGAGACUUGCUGAAGCUCGCAGCCUUGCUGAACGUGGAGAUCAAGGCAGAGGACAACGUCGAGACCAUCAAGGUGAAGCUGCGCCCCAUGGUCAACCUGCUGAAAGAGAAGCCUGCGCCGCCACAAAGCAAGGCGAAGUCCAAGGCAAAGGCCGCUCCUUCCAAAGCUCAAGGUUGGACGGUGGGAUACAGCGCCGGCCUGGUGACAGAACCCUCUCCCGGGAUGGUUUCCUAUCAGCACUUGAUCGACAUGCGCAACCGGUUCCAGACGACCCUCGACAGCAUGGCACUCGAGAUCCAGGAGUUGAAGAAUCAGCAGAAGGAAGCGGGCAAUGUGGACUUGACCUCCCUGGGCAGGUCCCGCUCCGCCAGUUCCAUGUCUCAGGACCCGGUGGUGGAUCAGUCACUGCGGGAGGACGCAGCCCAGUCGCUGGAGAACGCCUACGAGGACCACCUCAUGGCCUAUUACGGGACGAGUGCACUGCAUCUGCUGACUCGAGAGGACCGUCAGAGGGCCACUUUGAUUGCUCAGGCCUGGGCUCAACAUGAAUCAGACCGGAAGCGGAUCUCUCAGGAGCCUCGCAAGAUCCGUCAGAUCCUUGAGGCGGAGUACUACCAGGACAUGGAACACUUCAUGAAUGAUGAGACCUUUUUCCAGCACAUUGACCUCCACCCGCACUCCAAUGACGUGCAUGUGAAUGAAGCCGUGACUGGGAAGAGGAGCAAUCCGUUGCUGACCGAGGUCUACACGACCGCCCAGAAUGUCUCCAAAGUGGCUGUUCAAAGAGGUCAUCAUGUUGGCCAAGCGAUGAGCCUGGAGACGGGGUGGAAUUUUCUUCGAGCCGACCAUCGAGCCCUCGCCAAGGAGAAGAUUCAGAAGGAGAAGCCCUUUUGCUUGGUGUUGGCGUUUCCUUGCGGGCCCUUCAGCCCGCUCCAACACCUCAAUGCGAGAGGACAGAAAACUUGGCCUCAGAGACUUGAAGAUGGUCGGACGUUGAUGCGCUUUGCUCUGGAGCUGGCGAAGUUGCAGUUGAAGGAGAAGAGGCAUUGCAUCUUGGAAAAUCCUAAGCCGUCGGCUGCUUGGAAAGAGCCCGAGAUGCGUAAGUUCAUUGAGGAGAACGAUGUUCAUGAGGCCGCCUUCGACCAAUGCCGUUUUGGGUUGAUGAAUCUGGACGGACAACUGCAUCGGAAGGCAACUGUGGUGGCGAGCUCUAGUCCUUUGGUGGUGGAGCGACUUCAUGGUAUGUGUUGCAGGCGUGACCAUGACCAUGCACAAGUGAUCGGUGGGUCAAAGGUGACAGCUCAUGCGGGCAUUUACCCCUUGGCCUUAGCCCGUGCUUUCGUUCGCGGCAUCGAGGACCAGUUCGACAAGGACCACAAGGCCUAUGAGUUGCUGGCCGUGGAUGUCGGUGGAAAUGAAGAAGAAGAUUCACAUCCCGCAGUUCAUGAUGUUAGCGAGGAUGAAGAUGAUGAGUAUCAACUGCAACCCAGUGAAGCCAACAUGACCAUCCCCGCGGCCAUCAAGGCAGCCAUCAAACGACUCCACGAGAACACAGGUCACCGCAGCAAUCGUCGCUUGGCACGCGCCUUGACUCUUGCUGGAGCCCCUGUUGAAGCCAUCGUGGCUGCCAAGCGUCACAAGUGCGACGUUUGCCGGGAGCGAGCUCCACCAAAGUUGAAGAGACCAGCAUCUCUUCCUUCGCCCAAGGAUUUUGGUGACCAGGUCCACAUCGACCUUUUGGAGGUGGAAGAUGGGCGCGAGCAAAAGUAUGUGGUCGCUCACUGCACCGAUGCUGCCACCAAGUACCAAGCCGCAGAGAUUUUGCCUAACAAGUCCACUGCAGCUGUGAUUGAGUUCCUGAGCAAGCGGUGGGUUCCCGCCUUCGGCCCUCCUCGUGUUCUUGUUUGUGACCAAGGCCGUGAAUUCAUUUCCUGGGAGAUGGAGGAAUGGGCUAGCUCUAUGUCGGUCAUGCUUCAUCAUGUGGCAGUGCAAGCCCCAUGGCAGAACGGCAUCGCGGAGAAAUCCGGAGGGGUGCUGAAAACCUUGAUGUCCGCCAUCGUGACGUCCAAGAGUGUGGUCACCAAGGAUGAGAUGGAGAUGGCCUUGGGGGAGGCUGUGGCGGCCUACAAUGGUGAUGUCGAUGGUGAGUCAGGAUGCUCCCCCUAUCAGGCAGUCUUGGGACGACAGCCACGCAUGGUGGGCGAUGUUCUGGGCGGGGUGCAACAACGCCUCAGUGAACAUGGGCUCAUUGAGUCCAAACCUUCUUUGGCCCGGCAAGUGGCACUCCGUGAAGUCGCGAAGCUUGCUAUGACCCGGCUGCAUUUCUCUCGAGGUUUGAGGCGAGCUGAACUGGCGAGAUCCCGUUCAUCCACGGUGGAAAAUGCUCCCAAGCCUGGAACGGUCUGCUACUUCUACCGUCCUUUGAGGUACAACAGCAAGACCGGGCAAAGCAAGAAGAAGUUGACCUUGAAGCGAUGGCAUGGACCCGCCAUGAUGGUGGCUCAGGAUGGACAUGCUUCGGCUUUCCUCUCCUACAAGGGUCAACUCACAAAAUGUGCGCUUGAGCAUGUGCGAGUGGCAUCGACGAUGGAGCAAAUUGCUUCAGGGGCAUGGGGCGAAGCCAUCAAGGAGGCGGUGGAGGACGCCAAGUAUGAAGUCGCGCUGAGACAGCCCCUUUCCGAUGCAAACACUCCUGAGGAGCCUGGACCACCACCUCUACCUGUCCUACCAGAGACUACCGCUGAGGGGGUGAAUCCUAGGACUCCAGCAUUUCUCCCAUCCUCGACUGAGGCAAUGCCUGCCGAAGAGAACCAGUUAGAUGGCGAAGACCUACCUCCAGUGAAACCACAGGAGCUCUGGCAGAUGAUGGUUCCCUCCAGUUCUCCCGUUACAUCCCAGGUGGCUUCAACAUUGCCUUCGAGGAGGGUGAGUGAUUUUUCCGAAUCUCCUUUUCCAGAAACUACACGGAAGGCUUUCAGCCGGAAGUCUUCGGGUCUCCCACUUGAGACCGUGCGAGAAAGGGCAAAGAUGCUGGACGAUCGCUCUGAGACAGGACAAAAACGACCUGCCGAUGUGGACAUCGACCAGUUACGAGAUCAAGAACAAGGACAUUCUUCGGCGGCAGCGGCCAGUGGAAGUGGUGCAGCACAUGACACGCUCCUUGGUGAGCGGCUGACUCCAACGGAGAUUGCCGAUGAACUAGGUCGGGACGAUCUCCAUCCCUUGAGAAAAGCCUACCUCCUGGCCGAGCAGGACAAACGAGAUCCUCUGGAAGCCAUGGUUCCGGAUCACGGGACUUGGCAUGGAAAAUGGACUUUGCCAUCACGCUCUGAAUGGCAGGCCCGACAAAACUUGGGCCUGGACUGGCCUACCGGUGAUUCGACAGAGGCAGAAGUUUUGGCCGUGCAAGCCAACCGGAAGGAGUUCCGCUGGAAGACGAUGUCUGAGACGGAGAAAGAGGCCUUCAAGGAAGCGGCCAGACAAGCCUGGGCGGUGUGGGAAGAAAACGAUGCAGUCGAGAUCCUCACACCUGAAGAAUCAAGUCGUGUCCGACGAAGAUUGGCUGGAGCCCAUGAAGGAAGCAAGAUAUUGACUCCUCGCUAUGUCUUCACUGACAAGCAUGAAGGGUUGCGAACAGCUGAGAAUCCUCUCCCUCUUCGGGCUCGGGCCAGGGUGAUCGUACCUGGCUACAAGGACGUGUUCUCCUACAGCCUGCGAAAGGAUGCGCCGACCGGCUCUCGUGUUGCUCAGCACCUUCUGUUCACCUUCACUGCGAGUUAUGCUCGGGCAAGCAAGGAGUCGAAGAAGUUAUGGAGGCUGAUGUCGGCUGAUGUCAAGUCCGCAUUCCUCAAGGGCGAUGCCUAUGUGGACGGUCAAAGAGAGCUUUUCCUUGAGAAUGUCAGAGGUGAUGACCCUAAGCUCCCUUUUGGCAAUGCCCUGGCGAAGAUCAGAAAAGGGGUGUUUGGGCUUGCUGAUGCUCCUCGCCAAUGGUACCUGCGGCUGAACCGUUCUCUACAGGCCGCCGGCAUCAUCCUCUCCCACGUUGACGACCUGCUGUUGGGCGGGAAUGUCCGAGCCCAGAACAGUUUGCUGAUGAUUGGACAAGAACUCGGUUUCGGCAGCGUGGAGUAUGAUGACUUUGUCUAUUGUGGCAAGCGAGUCCAGAUGAAGUCCGACGGCUCCGUGGUGAUUAACAUGCAGGCCUACCACGAGAACCUCAGGCCUAUGGAAAUCAGCCUGGCCAGGCGAAAGACUCCGGAGGCUGAGCUGACGGAACAAGAGAGAAGGCAACUUCGUGCAGUGCUGGGCUCUCUUCAAUGGCUGGUGGCCCAAGUGAGAUUUGACCAAGGCUAUGCCCUCAGCACACUCCAAGGAGAGAAACCCCUUGUUGGCACGCUGAUCAAAGCAAAUCAGCUGGUCAAGGAGUUCAAGAGGCGACCAAACUUCUCGCUGACCUUCCAGCCGAUGAACUUGGGCGGUGGCAGCGAAGGAGAGCCCCAUGAGAAGCACUAUAGCCAGUCCGCCUACUUUGUGAUUGUGGCAGACCAGGACCUCAUGUCCGGCAAGGAAGGCGUGUUCAAUGUCAUCGAUGCUCGAAGUCAUCGCCUACCUCGGGUCUGUCGAUCCACGUAUGGCGCUGAGCUGAUGGGAGUGGAGGAAGGCAUGGACAUGGGCAUUUUCUGCCGAGGAGCGCUUGGAGCCUUCCUGGGACUUCCCAUGGGGAGGCGUGACGCCUUGAAAGUGAUGGAGGUGAUUCCCAUGGUGGCCAUCACAGAUGCCAAGGACACAUAUGACAGAGGCAAUUCGGACUGCCCCACCUAUGGUGCUCAGAAGUCAAUGGCCUUUUCGGUCUGUUGGAUCCGACAGGUGCUCAAUGGCUCGAACUCCCACCUCAAGUGGACAGCCACGGCGAACAUGUGGGUGGAUGCCGGCACCAAGCUGAUGCCUUGUGACCACAUGCAGGGCAUCCUUGAAAAGGGGAGGUGGAGCUUCGUGUACCACCAGGACUAUGUGAAGCAGUCUCCCAAGAAGAAGGGCGCUGCGGAAGUGAGCGAGGGAGCGGUUUUGCCAGGUGAACCUAUGGACACCAAGGCCCCUUUGUUUCAGUUCAUUUUGAACCUGAGCAACCAUGCUGGAUGGCAUGAGAAAGACAAUGUCAUUGUCCACGUUGCCUGUGCAGCUAGGUCCUUUAGGGUUCCCGAUGCUCGAUAUGGUGGCACGAAGUACCCUUUUAGGUCCACGUUUGCUCGGUUUGAUUUGAAGGAUGGCCGUUCUGUGUGGAGGACCCUGGAACAGGGAGAAGAUCUUCGCGAGAUGGCAAAGCGACAAGCCUUGUUGCCUCUCACGGCCAGCUGUCUAGUGAGCAUUUUCCUGUCUCAAGCCACAAAGAAUGUUUGGCAGCUGAAGAAGUCAGCUGUUGGCUAG